GGCGCUAACGGUCACCCUCAGCUUCCCUGAGGCGUUGCUGGAGCGAUGGCGGCGGCGGCCGCCUGGCUUCGUUCCGCGUGCGUCCCCGCCGGGUUUUUCAUCCGGGAAACCGUGCUGCUUCGUCCCCAGCUUAAUGCCGGUAGCGGCGCCAGGGCUGCCCCCGCGCCGCCCGCGGGAGGGAGGUUUUUUACCCUCGCUGUUGGUGCCGGUCCGGGGGAGACCGGUUGAGGUGCUGUGGGGGGUUGCGCCUCCCCGUGUGGACUGGCGGUGGGCCACCCUGUGCCUGGCAGUGACUUGUGCCGCUGGGGUCACCUUUACCCGGCCUCCAUGCUGCCCUGACGUCCCCGCUGUGCCUCGGGGCCGUGCGGGAGGAGCUCCGCGGCGAGUCUUGGGUUGAGUUUGGGAGUCCUGCCCCCGGGUCCCCGGCUGUGCUCCACUCGGGAAGUAUUUAACAUUAAUUAAAAUGUCUUCCAUCAAACCUCCAAAUGAAAGUGAAAUACCCAAAGAGAGAAAACCAGGACUGAGGAGCGUUCAGACAACUAUGCUCUUCCGAGCUGUGAACCCAGAGCUUUUCAUUAAACCUAACAAACCUGUGAUGGCAUUUGGACUCAUAGCAAUUACCCUCUGUGUGGCCUACCUUGGUUAUUUGCAUGCAACAGUAGAGAAUAAAAAGGAACUCUAUGAAGUGAUCGACAGUGAGGGGUCCAGGUAUAUGAGGAGGAAAACUUCCAAGUGGGACUGAGAAUGUAAGGAAGGAAAUCAUCAAAUCAGUCACAGGACUUUUCAAGGCAAUGACUGUUUUUUUUCUCUGUCCUUUGAAAUAAGAGAUAAAUGUUUCUCUUGUUAUUUAAUCCAAUUUAAAUUGCUUUAUAAAAUGCUGUGCCUGUACAAAUAAAUUGUAGUUAAUAUACAUAAGAACUUAAAAGUGAUUUUAAGAAUUGUCUACAAUUUCCCCAGUAUGUCAGAAGAUGGGCAGUUAACUCAGACAUGCAAUCGAGGCUGGUAGUUGCCUUUAGAAAUUUACAUGGUAGUUUAGCUCACUUUACUCUUUGCUUUGAUUAGGUGAAAACACAGGUUUGUCUUUUGGUUUUUAAGCCAAAGGCAUAAUGUAUUGUGUGUGAAAAGAAAAAGUUGAUCUUCUAAUCUGUUAAAAGUUGGUAAUUAACAGUGGUGCAAGUAAAAUAAUUUUAAGGCAAGAAAGAUCUGAUAAAGCAGUCAUUGAAGGUUAUAUUUAAUACAGGAAUUUGUAAAACACUGGCCAAAAUAAUCUUUGGAUGCUAAUACACUCUUCCUUACAAAUGAAAAGUAAAAUUCCAUAGCUAGAUAGAGGAGAAAAAGUGAAGUGAGUGCUUUUGCCAAGAGAAAGGUGGGAAGACCUCACCCAUCACUUUUCCUGUUUAGCAUCAUAUAGCAGGUCCGUGAACAUACCAGUAUCAGUUUGCCAGUUGAUAUGUUUAGAUCCAGACUAGCCAGAAUUUGUGUAGUAUUCUUGACUAGCCAGUAGGACUAGUUUAUUUAAGCAGCAUUCAAAAAUUGAAUAUCUCUAUAUUGCAAAGUACAUUAUAUAACAUUAAUUUAUUAUAGGUUAGUGAACUCAGAAUAAGGAAUGGAAAAUCUUAAAAUCAACAGGUUCUUACAGACACAGACAAAAGAACGUAUCUACCCACACAAGCCCCUUGUGUGGGUUGGAGGUGGCCCCUCCGCAGUGUGCUGGCUGGUGCCUCUGUGUGUCUGGCGUUUUCUCAUAUUUAGAGGCCCAUCAAGGGCUCUCAAGAAGCUGAGAGACCUCUUUGUUAACCCUCUUCUGGCCAAGGUGGCUUCUGUCAGACCAAAGAAGAAACAACAUGCUGGGACACCUCCUUUGUCGCUCUGGGAGUUGCUUUGGGUUUUGUUAUUGAAGGAUUGUUACUGAAGAUAAAAAAAGGUGACCCACUGCCUUGAGGGACAGCAGUUGCUCCAUGGGAUUUCUCUGUAUUUCCCUCUAAAUCCUUCACUUUGAACCUGCAAUCUUGUAUAGUUACCUAUAUCUUAAAUUCACCUGGGCCUUGGUUUGUCUACCUGAGAAGGGAAGUGAGCUCUAUUUUGAUAAAGCUAUAAAAAAAAUAGCAUUUUUACAGCCUUUAAAAGCAUAUUCCCCGCUGAGCAUAGCUGCCUCACAACAGCAAGGUCCUGGGCAAAUCUGAAAGCUUGCAGGUGAGGAAGCUACUUGCCUUUUGAUUGGUGAAGGAAUUUCCAGGUGAAUUGAUCAAAUACUCAGAAAUAUCACAUGUUGUGUGUAUCCAGUAGAAUAUGUUUUGUUUGAUGGGAUGUGAUGGAUCUUCAAAAUUAGUCUGUUCUUUUAAAAAGAGUCAUACAGGAUUUUAGCUGUUCAUUAAAAUGCCUAUGUCUCUCA